ACGGAAGAAGUUGAGGAUGGUGCACCAGCUCGAAGCCGAGUGUGAAUUGUUUCUUUAUUUGGAUCUACAGUAAUCAUUUCUGUAUGUUUCUGAGAGAACCAGGCGAUGCAUAGCACAGAGCCGCCAGCUGUGGUGUCCAGUACAUAACGGAGGUCUGAUCUCGUCAGUGACCUUGUUGGUGGUUGGAGGAAAGACCUAAUCAUGUCUAUGGAUUGUGUGAGAACCCUGGUGCAGAAUAAGAGACAGCGGGAGGAGGAGCAGCACUGCCAGUGGGACAGCCAGGCGAAAAAAGCAUGCACUGGAUUGGAAAGCUGCAUCGAGGUUAGAUGUGAUGUCGUGAUGGACAGCCCAAUGGACUCAUGGGACACCCAUCAAAACGGUGCCAACGCAAAUGCCCAUCUCACCAGAAUGGGUUUUGUCGCUGCUCAACAACCCUGUCCCAGAUGCAUGGCAGGAGAACCGGGCCAUAUAAAUCAUAUCAUGCAGGGGUAUUGAUCACGAGGUCAGACAGGUCCUGGAGAGGAUGAAUAAGGAAGCAGACUGCACAGAUCGCUGGGAGUGGAGGAGCAGCCUGCACUUUGGCCAGUUCAUAUCACUGUACGUUUUGUGCCUUAUUUAUACCAACCGUACUUGACUUCACCGUUCUAAUAUAACCUUUUUUUUAUAUAUAUAUAUAUAUAUUAUCAGAACGUACACUGACUGCUGUUUUAAUAUAAGGGCUUGGCCACAGGUAAUACUAGGAGUUUUAGUUUAUCACAUUCUAUAUGAAUGCUAAUUUAGAUACUACUAUAGUGUAGUUUGCAGGGUAUUCAAUAAUGAUUUGAAGAAAGCUGUGUUUCUUUUUUUCUUUUUUUUUUCUUUUUUUUUUUAAGUAGUAUAGUCCAAAUGCAUUUCAAAAUAUUCCUCUUUUGCUUUUUA